AUGUGCAAUGUGUUCUUAUGGAAUGGUGCUCGAAACUCAGCUAUGGGUGCUAAGAUUGCUUGGGAUUCUGUCUGUACGCCUAAAGAAGCAGGUGGUUUGGGUCUAAAGCGCUUAGAAGAUUGGAAUAAGGUUCUUGGAUUGAAGUUGAUCUGGCUUAUUUUCACAUCAGGAGGGUCGUUAUGGGUUUCUUCAAGCUUCUGGCACGAUAAUUGGACUUCCCUUGGUCCUCUUAUCGAGCUGGUUAGAGAAAGAAGACCUCAGGUGUCGGGUUUAAGAAGAGAGGCAGUUGUGGCGGAGGCGUUAACGAGUGAUGGAUGGUGGCUGGCGCGCAGCAGAAGUAGAAGCCCCACGAUCGCUUUGUUGAAAGCGUGUUUACCAAAUGCCCAGGAGAUAAUGGAAUCUGAAGAGGACGACAUGUAUAUCUGGUUUCCUGAACCGGGAAGAGAUAUUGGCGUUUUCUCAGCGAGUGAUACGUGGAGAGCUAUGCAUCCUUCUCCAAUAGAAGUGUUUUGGCAUGAGGUUGUGUGGUUCACUGGAAGAAUCCCCAAGAAUGUUUCAUUACUUGGGUUGCAGCUAGAGACAGAAUGUAAUCAAGUAUGGGCGUUCUUUGUUUCUCGUUUGAACCUCGUCUCUCCUCAGAGUUUUAAAGCAGUGUUGCGUUGGUUGAAAGCGCCAACGAGAAACAAGAAUGUGACGCUGAUUAUUAGACUCAUACAUCAAGCGGUUUUAUGCUUGGUGUGGAAGGAGAGGAAUAAGAGAAUUCAUACAGCGGUGGAGAAGCCACCAGGAACUCUUAUAGCUGAGACUCAACAGAUAGUCAAACUCAGAUUGGACCCUCCGACUCGUAGGCAGAUAACUCCUCAGGGACAAGACUUGGUGCUAGCUACUUGGUUCUCAUUCUUUGCAGGUUGA